AUGGCUGGGACGCCGCUUGUCCUGGACAACGGCUCCGGGUCGGUCAAGGUUGGCUAUGCAGGACAACAGGAACCCCAGGUCGUCUAUGACAACAUGUACACAGCAGUGCGGUCUUCUCGCCACGAGCCAUCGAAGGCAACAUCAGAGGCACUCGAGAAGAGCAAUGCCAGGCUGCAUGUUAUGGACCACGGCAUUGUGUCUCAGUGGGAGGGUCUCGUGGAAGUGUUCAAGGCCGCCCUUGAUGAGAUGAAGGUUGUCGACCCAUCUCAGCAUCCGUGCCUGGUCACAGAGGCACCGUUAAAUCCAACGGUGCAUCGAGAAUUACUGGUGGAGAAGCUUUUUGAAGAGCUGCGAGUACCAGCAGUGCAGGUGGUGCACUCAGGGGCACUUGCGCUUUACGCCAUCAACAGGCGCACUGGGCUGGUGAUUGAGGUCGGAGACGGUGUAGCUCAGACGGUUCCGCUGUUCGACAGCUAUGUUGUGUUCAAUGCCGUGCAGCGGCGAGACUUCGGCGGGCGCGACCUGACAGCCUAUCUGGGCGAGCUUCUUCAAAAAGAGCUUGGAUAUAAGGAGGCGCUUGCUGACGAGGUAUGGUGGACUCAGCUCCAGACUGUCAAGGAGCGGAUGUGCCGAGUGACCCCACAAGCGUCACCCUCCCGCAUCUCCCGCCAGGAUCCUGUGCAGCAAGAGUACAAGUUGCCCGACGGGAAGGUUCUGGACUGGGAGCAAGGCCUUCUUUCUCAAUGUGCUGAGGCCCUUUUCCAACCUGGUCAGCAUUUGAAGCUGGAUGAGGAGGCUGAGGGCAUCCACAAAAUGGCCGCGAGCAGUGUUUUGGGAUGUGGUCUCGAUAUCCAGAAAAGCUUGGCAAACAAUGUCGUUCUCUCUGGCGGUUCGACCCUUUUCCCGGGGAUGUGUCAGCGUGUUCAGGAGGAGCUGCAGCGGCUGCUCCCAUCCGCCGUGAAAGCCAAAGUCACACGUGUGUCCAAACCCACGUACGCAGCUUUCAUGGGUGGCUCUAUACUGGCGUCCAUGUCUGACCUCCAGAAAACAUUUAUGACAAGGGGGGAGUAUCUGGAGUACGGAGCUUCAUUUAUCCACAACAAGAGUGUCAGUCUGACGAAGCCACACAUGAUGUCCUGA